UCGGGCUGCAGUCCCCAUGGCUCCCGCACGUUCGCCUGCCCUCCUCCCUCUGUGUCUGUGCCUGCUGCUGGCAUCCGGCUUUGCCCAGGCAGGCAGGCUGCUGGUGGUGCCCAUGGACGGGAGCCACUGGUUCACCAUGCGCUCGGUGGUGGAGAAACUCGUCCAGAGAGGACACGAGGUGGUCGCAGUCAUGCCGGAGGUGAGUUGGCAGCUGGGACAGUCACUGAACUUCACAGUAAAGCGCUAUGCAACUGUUUAUAAUAUGGAGGAGCUGGACCAGACGUUAAAGGUUUUCACCGAUGCUGCAUGGGACAGCAGGGAAGAAAAUUUAUUUCAUUCAUGGGUUUCUAUGAAGAAAGGUUUUGACAUGUUGUUUUUACACUGUAGAAGUUUGUUUAACAACAAGGCCUUAGUCGAAUACUUAAAGGAACAUCAUUUUGAUGCACUGUUCCUGGAUCCUACAGAUAUAUGUGGCUUAAUUAUUGCCAAGUACUUUUCACUCCCCUCUGUGAUCCUCACCAGGGGACUACAGUGCCAUAACAUUGAGGAUGGUACACAGUGCCCUGCUCCUCCGUCUUACGUUCCCAGAAUGCUCUCACAGUUUUCGGAUGCCAUGGAUUUCAAAGAGAGAGUGCAGAACCAUAUUGCCCGUUUUGUGGAGCAUUUAAUUUGCCCUUAUUUUCUCAACAAAGCCCUAGAAAUUGCCUCUGAAAUUCUCCAAACACCUGUCACAGCAUAUGACCUCUUCAGCCACACAUCGGUUUGGUUGUUACGCACGGACUUUGUUUUCGACUAUCCCAGGCCUGUGAUGCCCAACAUGGUCUUCGUUGGUGGGAUCAACUGUUAUGAGCGAAAGACCCUGUCUGAGGUACGUUCCCUCUCCUGUGGUACAUGA